UAAAACAUACAAUUCACACAACACAUUCUCCUGGCAAAGUAAACGGUAUAUUUAUUAUAACCAACUAGUUGAAUCAGCUCCUUCUGCAAUUCGGUUCUCUAUGUGUAUUUCGCUGUGUGAUAUUAUAUUUCAUUCGCAACAGGUUGAUGAUGUUGUUUUGUGGGUACAUUAAGUGUUGAUAGAUGCGAAAAGGAGUAAAGCUAAUGAUGAUAUUUUGUUAUUAACUGGGGGGUUCAGAGUUGAUUGGAUAUUAUUAUGUUACGCGAUGAUGUUUUGAAUAAUUUAUUUAAUUAGUUCAAGUGAAUUGGAAUCAAAGAAUGUAAAUAUUUGUGUACUACACACAGAGAUUCAAUUACAAUUAUGGUAAUACCAGCUGAAACGUAUUUUGCCGGCAAAUCGGUAUUUAUGUUGUGUAAUUAAAAUCUGUUUUGUGAUAAAUUACUUUAAUCGAAUUGGAAAAGCUUGUUGAAAAUCAUUGAGUUUAAUGAGUUAAAAAUCGAGCUUGUAUCGCCAGAUCGUGACUAAAUGUUAAUUUGAAAAAGGAAAAAAAAAACAAAGAACAAACAAAUCCGACAAGAACAUUUUAAUUAGCUUGAAGAAUAAAUCAAUGGUAUGCCGGCUGCAACGAUGUUUUCCAAAUUCAAAAGUGGCCCGGCAACACCACAAAAUCCAAUCGAUGGUAAUCCAAUUUCUCAACACUUUGAAAUUGGCAAACAGACAGCAUGUGCUGGACCAGAAUUAGUUUGGCGAAUUCACGAUGGAUAUAAGAAGAGUGAUGGUCGGGAAUGUUCGAUUUUCUUGUUUGAGAAAAGGUGUGCGGAAAAAUUACACAAACCCAAACGGAAAGAAGCUGUUACAGAGAUAUUACGAGCAUCUGUUAAGCAAUUAGAGCGAUUCAGGCAUCCGAAGAUUCUACAAAUAAUGCAUCCAGUAGAGGAAUGUACAGAAACAUUAGCCUUUGCAACGGAACCAGUAUUCGCGAGCCUGGCAAAUAUUUUGGCAUUUCAGGAAUCUGGCGGACCAACGGGACCACCACCCACAGGAAAUUCACAAGUGUCACCACCACCGCCAGUAACACUUCCGCGACCUGCACAUGCUAGAGAAUAUAAUUUUCUGGACAUUGAACUCAAAUAUGGAAUUUUACAGAUAACCGAAGCAUUGUCAUUUCUACAUUACUCUGGUCACGUAAUACACCGAAAUGUUUGUCCCUCAUCAAUUUUGGUGACAAAAAAGGGUACAUGGAAAUUAGCUGGACUAGAAUUUAUUGAAAGAGUUAAUGAGACUGAUGCAGUGGAACCAGUUAUUUGUCAGCCGUGGAGUUCACGAGCUUCGAAAAUGACACAACCGAAUUUAGAUUUUAUGGCACCCGAGAAUCAAAUUCACUCCAACUGCAGCAUUUUAAGUGAUAUGUUUUCCCUUGGUUUGGUUAUGUGUGCGAUAUUCAAUCAAGGUAGACCCUUAAUUCAGGCAAAUAAUUCAGCUUCUGCAUAUUUGAAGCAAUUAGAAAUGCUUGAAGAUGCAGUACACAAUAUGCUGCCUCGUGUACCCAUUCCAUUGCAAGAAGCGACAUCACGUCUGACAUGUAAAGAGCCCGCCUCAAGACCAACCGCUCAGCUUUUGCAAUUAAUCAAAUACUUCAGUGAUCCAGCUGUACAUGCUCUGCAAUUUCUAGAUGUGAUAAAUAUGAAGGAUCCAACACAAAAAGCACACUUUUAUCGGAAUACAUUGCGAGAAGUUUUACCGUUUAUACCUAGGAAAUUAUGGUGGCAGCAUGUGUGGCCAUGUCUUCAGCAAGAGAUGCGUACCGCCGAAGUAUUAGCAGCCGUUCUUCAACCAGCUUUAGCACUCGUUCACGAAUCCACACCCACCGAAUACGAAACAAUAAUUUUACCCACUUUUCGAGCCAUGUUUGCCGCACCAAAAUCCAUUCAAGCCACCGUUACCAUAUUGGAAAACCUUCAUGUGAUAUUGGAGAAAACACCACGAGAUGAUAUUCGAUCGGAAGUUCUGCCCUUGUUAUUUAAUGCCUUUGAAAGUACAACCAUUCAAGUACAGAGUGCAGCGUUGGUUGCUGUUGCGAAUGUAUAUGAAACGUUAGAUGAAACAUCCAUCAGGAAGAUGGUGCUGCCGAAAUUGAAAUUAGUUUUUGAAAAAAAUCAAAGUGAUAUUAAGAUUAUGGCGAAUGUUCUGAACUGCAUAGAACGAACGUUAGACAAGUUGGAUAAGUCGCAGAUCAUCGACGAUGUCUUGCCGCUGCUAUGGGACGUUCGUUUGUCCGAUCCGGAGAUCAUACUACGAGUUGUUAAUAUAUACCGGAUCAUGUUGAGUGAUAAAAAAUAUGGACUUUCUGUUAGUAUAAUGGCAACUCGUGUAAUGCCGUCAUUGCUGCCACAAACUGUCAAUCCAUCAUUGAAUUUGGAACAGUUUACAAUAUUGCUGGAGGUUCUACAGGAAAUGUUGGAUCACAUCGAUCGACAACAACGCAAUAAACUAAAAUUGGACAAUCUAUCGAUACCUUCGCCGGAAAGACAUCGCCCGUUACGUCAUCAAUUUUCAUCGGACAAUAUGCAUGUGCCGCCAUUCAAUAUACCCAACUUACGUAUCGACCAACGAAAAACUUCCAGUGCCGAAGACAUGGCACGUAAGAACUCAACAGGUUCGGGUGUGUUGGGUGGCUGGUGGUUCGGUGGUUCACCAUCGUCACCGGAUCGAAAUUUUCUACGAGUGGCAAAUGCAUUUCCUAAUCGUCGAUUGUCUGACAACACAUUGAUGACACCGAAAAUUCGCAUAGCACCAUCUUGUGCAUCGUCGCCCGGAGGAACGCCUGGCAGUGGUUUGCCAAUACGACGACAUUCAAGUAUUGGGCCACAAGAACGACGCGGCUCAACAAUUAAUUUAUCACCGCCAACGGGAUAUGGCUUCAGUGCUCGUGGAGGCUCUGGAUCGAGUCUUUCAGUGCCUUCGUCAUCCGCCUACGUAGGUGGAUCAAUGCCGAACACAUCGAGCAGCGUACCAUUUCUGUUGUCGUCCAGCAUGCAAUCGAUACGAUCACGCCGUCAAUCGACCGUUCUGUCGUCUGGUCCGCUUGGCUCCGGCAGUGGUCUGUUGCAGCAACUCGGUUCCGGCAUGUACCAGCUGUUCUCCGGUCGAUCUUAAAUUUAGUUCGCACCCUUCUGUGUGUCUAAUCAUGUUAAAUUGUCACGCCAGUUUGAUAGUAAAAUAUAAAUGCAAUAUUACAAUGUUAGCGAUGCAUAAGUAAAAGAACAAUAAUGAUUUGCGACCACACGCAGCGCAUGCACUUUAAACUGAAAUGGACCAAAAUCAAAAUCAAAGAAAUAUAUCUAUAAAACAAAACAAAAAUUAAAUUAUUAUCAAUAUGUCAACAUAAAAUGAACUUAAAUAUUUUCAAUGUUAAACUUAAUAAACAGAAACCCAAACAAAAUUAAUGUUUUUAGAGGAACACUUGAGGGUAUGAUAAUGUAAAACCUAAGAAGAUCACUGUAUCCAAACAAUUUAACAAAAAACCAAAACUCUUUUAAAAUUUUGUGCCCUCUUCCUCUAUUUCAGAAAAAUAAUUUUUAUAUUUGUCUCCUCCGAAUGGCCGAAGUAUAGACAACAAAACGAGUUAAAAAGAAACAAAGAUGGAAUUUUCGAAUUAUUUUCAAACAAAUUUCUUUAGGCCUAUAAGUCUUAACGCCGUUUUGACUAUUUUUUAUCAAACUUUGAUACAGUUAGAGGCAGUGAAAUUUCCGAAUGCAUUUG